CCUUCCCUGGGUCUCAGGGUCAGUCUGUAAAGUGAGGGAGGACUGGACAGGGUCCACGGUCCCUUCCAGGUCACCAGGCCGCUCGUGCGUGCUUGGCAGAGAGGGGCUGGGAACCGCAAGCAAGCGUCGCCCUACCGUCGGGCGCGCCUCACGAGUUCCUUCGGCGCUAUCGACCCCGGGGAUUGAGGUCAUUUACGGUCCAGGCAGCUUUACAUAAACACCUUUCCAGCAGCUUCUACUUUGGUGUUAAAGACCGUUCUCAAUAAUGGCCCUUUGUCAUCUCCAGGAACCAGAGACAAUUGUCAUUUCAGCAGCUUGACCCGUGCGCUACAGACACAAUGCUGGAUUUCUUCUCCCAGAAACUUGAUGGGCCAACAGCAUAGAUCCUAUAGUUUCUUCACUAAAUUGACAGCAGAUGAGCUAUGGAAAGGUGCUUUAGCAGAGACUGGUGCUGGAGCAAGAAAAGGAAGAGGCAAGAGGACUAAGAAAAAGAGAAGAAAGGAUUUGAACAGGGGUCAGAUCAUCGGUGAAGGGCAUAGUGGCUUCCUAUGGCCUGGUCUGAAUGUCCCUCUUCUGAGGGAUGGAGCUGUGCAGACCAUUAGCCAAAGAAGCAAAGAAGAGCAGGAGAAGGUAAAAGCUGACAUGGUCCAGCAGAGAGAAGAAUGGGACCGGAAGAGGAAGAUGAAGGUUAAGCGGGAACGAGGCUGGAGUGGAAACUCGUGGGGAGGUGUCAGUCUUGGACCCCCCGACCCUGGUCCCAAUGGAGAAACAUAUGAGGAUUUUGAUACCAGGAUACUUGAGGUAAGAAAUGUUUUCAAUAUGACAGCAAAAGAGGGAAGAAAGAAAUCAGUCCGUGUCCUGGUCGCCGUGGGGAAUGGCAGAGGAGCUGCAGGUUUUGCCGUUGGGAAAGCCACUGAACGGUUGGACGCUUUCAGAAAAGCAAAGAACAGAGCAGUUCACUAUUUGCACUAUAUAGAACGAUAUGAAGACCAUACAAUAUUCCAUGAUAUCUCCUUGACAUUUAAAAGAACACAUAUCAAGAUGAAGAAGCAACCCAGAGGUUAUGGACUCCACUGUCAUCGGGCCAUCAUCACCAUUUGCCGUCUCAUUGGCAUCAAAGACAUGUAUGCCAAGGUCUCGGGGUCCCUCAACAUGCUCAACCUCACCAGGGGACUCUUCCAUGGGCUCUCUCGCCAGGAAACCCACCAGCAGCUGGCUGACAAGAAGAGUCUCCAUGUUGUGGAGUUCCGGGAGGAAUGCGGCCCUCUGCCCAUUGUGGUCGCCUCGCCCCAGGGGGCCUUGAGAAAAGAUCCGGAGCCAGAAGAUGAGGUUCUGGACAUCAAACUGGACUGGGAGGAGGUGAGAGCAGCCCAGGGAAUGAAGCGCUCUGUGUGGUCGCAUUUAAAGAGAGCUGCCACCUGAGCUUCCCCCGGCCUCACCAGCCACAGUGUAAGUCAGGUCAGCUGGAGGAGACUCACUCUUAACCCUGAAUGAAAAACAAGGGUUUUUUUGUUGUUUUUAAGGAAGGACCAACCCUAACUUCUUUAUUUGCCAAUAAUAAAUAAUUACAGUUUUA